AGACCGCAUAGCACCUUAUUUAAUCCACUGUCGCUUCGAUAAGUUACUAUGUCACAUGAAACAGGUUCAGUUAAUAGGGUUUCACUGUCGCUAAUAACCUAAUUAACUACAAAUCAUUGUAUUGGUGGCCAGUAACACAAAGCAUUAAGCAAUUCCAUGCAAUAGAGAUUGGAGGAAAAGAAUCAUGAAUCAACCCAUCAAAUCAAGCAAUAGCUACAUCCUAUGGUGUUUCCCCCAGAAAUUGGGGUUUAGUUCAUGACGAAAAUAAAACACACAAUUAUGUUCAUAAUCAUCAUCGUAUUAAUCGAGGAAAGAAAAUACUGAUUUUGAAUUAUGCCAGGCGAUCAGCUCGUGCCAAGCUCCUUCGUCGCUGCGAUGCUGCUUGCUCUCCACUUAAUUCCGCUCCUCCUGCAAUCGCCAAAAGAAUUCGUUCCGUCCUGAUUGGCUGCUCCUCCCUUUCUUUUUUCCAAAGAGACUUCCGCCUGCUUCUUUUCUCUUCCUCUUUCACAAUAAUCACUCCCUGCUCCUUUUUUUUUUCUGUGUCCGCCUCAAAUUGCUUUUAUUCCCUUCCGUGUCCAAGACUCUCUUUUGCCUUUAUUUUCUUUAAUUCCGUCUCCAGAUUCAAUCGCCCACCCAAAGAAUGAGCCACCAAUAAAAUUGCCUGUUGGCCAAAUUAAUCACUCCCGUCCAAGAAUUACCUUCCCCCCUCCGUAGAGUUUUCUGGCCCACAAUAAAAUGGCCGCCCUCUCCCAUGUCAUUAACCCCAUCCAGCUGGGCUUUAAGCCCAGCUUUCGAGAAAUGUUUACCGGUGCAACUUCUUUUUCGUGUUUUCUUCACCUGUAAUACAUCAAACUCAUAGCACUAGGCAGUAAUGGUUUUUCAACCAAUCUCGGGUUAGCGAGCCCUAAAAUAGCACCAAUUGGCUAAAACAUACCAUGAGAUAAUCACAUAAAGUCCAAGAAUCCGAUAUAUUAAAGCCGAAUAUCAGUGGCCAUUGAAUUUCUGAACAUGGUUCAAACUCAAUUCAAUAAACCUGUGAAAAUCAUUCGUUCUGAUCCAAGAGGAGAAUUUAGUUCUUUUCCUUUGCGUGAAGUUUAUCGCUCUCGUGGUAUUUUGAGUCAAAAAUCUUGUCCUGGUAUUUCUCAGCAAAAUGGUUUGGUUGAGAGGAAAAAUCGCCAUGUAGUUGAGUUGACUAGAGCCUUGUUGUUAGCUUCUUCUGUCCCGUCUAGGUUCUGGCCUGAGGCUGUUGUCACGGCAGUUCGUUUGAUCAAUUAUCAAAUCACUCCGGUGCUUGGAAAUGAAAGUCCUUUUUUCAAACUAUUUGCUCGGCUUCCUGACUAUUCUCGCCUUCGUGUGUUUGGGUAUCUAUGCUUUGUUCUUCUUCCCAAAAGAGAACGUACUAAGUUGACAUCCCGAACUGCGAAGUGUGCUUUUAUGGGUUAUAGUGAUGUACAUAAAGGAUAUAUGUGUUUUGAUCCUGUAGCUCAGCGUAUUCGAGUGGCAAGUACUGUGGUGUUUUUUGAACACAUGAAAUUCUUUGCUCCCGAGUCUAAUUCCGAGUCCAUUUUUCCCUCGUCUAGUGUUCUUCCUAUGUUUCCCUAUGAUGAUCAGCCUGCCGAAGACUUUGUUCCUGCUAUUCCUCCUGACGAUAUGGACUCUCCCGGAUCCUCGCCUGCCACUUCAUCUGCGGCAGCUUCUGGUGAUUCUUCAAGUUCUUCUUCACCUGGUGCUUCAAGUUCUCAUGGGUUUAUCUCUAGUGGUGCGUCCACUUCAUCACCUGCCCCACAACCUAGGCGCUCCCUUCGGUCAACAAAGGGUGUUCCCUCGCCGCACUUUGACGAUUAUAUGGCGUUGGGUGUUGAUACUUUAGUCACUCCGACUCGGUACAAGGAUGCACAGGGCGAUCCCCGGUGGGAGGAGGCGAUGGGGAGUGAAUUCGAUGCUCUCCAUGCGAAUCACACCUGGGAUGUUGUUGAUCGUCCUACUCCGGACACUCCCACAGUUGGCAGUCGUUGGGUUUAUACGAUUAAAAUGAAUCCGGAUGGGACUAUUGAACGCUUCAGAGCCAGAGUGGUGGCUUUGGGUUAUACUCAGGAGCACGAGGUGGAUUAUAAUGAGACCUUUGCUCCAGUAGCUCGUAUGUCGACUGUUCGUACUCUGCUGGCUGUUGCUUCUAUGAAUAAGUGGUCACUGUCUCAGCUCGAUGUGAAGAACGCCUUCUUGCAUGGUGAUCUUGAUGAGGUGAUCUACAUGGAAAAACCUCCAGGAUACAAUGUAGGGAGGCCAGGACAGGUAUGUCGGCUUCGUCGAUCCUUGUAUGGUUUAAAACAGGCACCUCGGGCUUGGUUCGAGAAAUUUCAAGACACUCUGGUUGGUCUCGGCUACAGUCAAAGUCUUAACUAUCCUUCUCUAUUCAUCAAGACCACUUCCAGAGGUAUUGUUCUUCUCUUGCUGUAUGUGGAUGAUAUGAUCAUCACUGGAUCUGACUCAGAAGGCAUUAGGCUACUUAAAGAUGGGUUGCAGGUUUCAUUUCAAAUUAAAGACUUAGGUCAACUUUCUUACUUCCUGGGUUUAGAAGUUUCACGUUCUGCAGCUGGAAUAUUUUUAUGUCAGCGGAAGUAUAUUUCAGACCUGUUGGGAGAUUACAAUAUGGAAGACUGUGUUCCGGUAAAUACUCCAAUGGAGCUUAAUUUGAAACUGAGCAGGGAGUCAGGUGAUAAGGUAAAGGAUGGUUCACAGUAUCGGAGCAUUGUAGGUAGUCUGAUUUAUUUAUCGGCUACUCGACCUGAUAUCUCUUACGCAGUCCAGCUGGUUAGUCAGUUUAUGGCGGAUCCUCGGACUGAUCAUGUGGCUGCGCUGUAUCGUAUACUGAGAUACUUGCGUGAAACUAAGGAGUUGGGACUCUUAUUUCCAACAUCUGGGACGACAACACUGCAAGCUUAUUCUGAUUCAGAUUAUGCAGGUUGUGUUGAUACAAGACGGUCUACGACAGGAUGGUGUGUUCAGUUCGGAAAUUCUUUCAUUUCAUGGAGGUGUAAGAAGCAGAACAAGGUGUCCAAAUCUUCCACAGAAGCUGAAUACUGAGCUAUGUCAGAUGUAACAUCUGAAUUGACUUGGCUGAGACGUUUGCUGCGCGACAUGGGGGUGGAAAUUACAGGUUUGAUGGAUCUUUUUGUUGAUAAUACUAGUGCUAUCCGAAUAGCAGAAAAUCCAGUUCUACAUGAUCAGACCAAACACAUCGAGGUACAUGUUCACUAUGUUCGAGAUGAAGUACGAGAUGAUACUAUUGCACUACACUACGUUCGGACAGAAGAUCAAGUUGCUGAUAUGCUUACGAAGUCAUUUUCUACUAGCCGACACCGUUUCCUGACUGACAAAUUGAUGCUUGUUCCCCGGCAUCAAUUUGGGGGAGGCUGUUGAAUAUGAUUAUUGUACUUAAAUCGUAAAUGACGUAGUGUAGUGUAGAAUUAUUGGGCCAAUUGUAUUAAUGGCCUAUUAGGCCCAUGCUACUCACGUCGACCCAUGGAAAUGACGUGUGUGCUAGGGUUGAACUGGAGACUUAUAGCGCAGUCUGUGAUUCCUGUAUUGAUCACCGAAAAUCAUCUAGUAAAACUACAGCCGAAGA